AUGGAAUCUGUAGCAAAGUCGCUCCAGUUCAGCAGCGCCCUGGAAGCAUUCCUAAAAACUCUUGUGCUAACGCACCUAUCUGGUCACUACAGUGUAUGUGUAAUCCGAGGAGUACAGGAUGAUGUUAGGCUAGAGUUUCCACGAGCUACCGUUACGCUUGCAUUGGAAAGGACGCCCGAUUCCUUUCUCGCCUUUGAAAACGCAUUAGUGAGCUCUAUUGAUGCGGGUUGUGAGGGAUUCUUAGUCCUAGAAGACGCACUGUUUCCAUUCUUGGAUCAUUUUCGUUCGGCACAUGAAGCUGCUUUCUUUCGUGCUGUCAACAAGCGUAUCGUGGCCAUUAGCCGGCUAGGCGCUUCCGAGAGUGAACGAAUGCUUCGGCACGAUGCGAUGGAAGUUACUCCUAACAUUCUUCUAGUGAAUCCGGAUGUAUCUACCGCUACGAUAGAGCUGUACACUACUAAGCUGUCAUCUGCCGAACCACGAGGAAUAUCAGCAAAUUUGACUCUAAUCGAUCGGGUCCGUAUGGAUUUCGGACAGAUAUCGUUGCCGGAUUCUUUAAGGAAGUUUCCCGACAAGUUGACCGACAUGGAAGGUAGACGUGUUCGGUUGUCCACCUUACCGUAUCCACCAUGCGCCGUGGCGAACGAAGUGCCUCUAGGACAAGGGAAUGCUCGCAGUACAGUACCAGCAAACUAUUCGUUACAGGCGGAUGGGACAGAAAUAUUGAUGAUACUGGAGCUAUGCCGUCGUCACAAUUGUACGCUGGAGAUUGAACUUGUUGCAAACUCGGAAUGGGGUCAAGUGUAUCCAAAUGGUUCAUCAGAUGGUUUAAUAGGAUCGCUGAUCGACCGUCGCUCCGACGUUGCAGUGGCCGCCAUCUAUCGUUGGUACAACUGGUACAAAUAUGUGACGAUGUCAGCCUACACCGGUAGAUCAGGAAUAUCCUGUUUGGUUCCACGGCCACGUCUACUACCAUUUUGGCAAACACCUUUUCUGUCCUUCCCGCCAAGCCUUUGGCUAAUGGUUUGCAUAUCGUUUUGUGUAGGAACGGCGGCCGUUUUCAUAACCGAGCGCACACGACAGUUUAUGCGUCUUCGACUCGGAUCUGUCGAACGAUACCAAUUACCGGAUGCACUACUUUUCAUGGUUAGCUUGUACGUGGAACAGUCCGUUCCGUUACCAAACGACAUGAUGGCAGGUUCGAUUCUUCUGUCUUUUCUACUCUUCGGAGGGUUUAUGGUCGGUAACAGCUAUGCCGGUGCGCUUGCAAGCGUAAUGACCAUACCACGGUACGAAAAGUCUAUUGACACACGUGCCGACUUUGCUGCGAGCGGUAUGAAAUGGUCCGGUCCAACGAUUGCUUGGAUGAAUUCGCUACUAAUGGCCGAACAACCGGAGCUUGUGACGAUAAGAAACAAUUACGAAGUUCAUGAUGGUGAUACGCUGGCCAGAUUUUCUCACACCCGGCGUGAUAUGGGCUAUGUUCACGAACGACUCCAGUACGGAAGCUAUGCACUCGAGUCCUUCAUUAACAUCAACGCCACCCGGUUGCUGCAGCCACUGAAGGAAGAUGUAUUUUGGGAACAGAUUAUAACGGCGUGUAGUAAAACCUGGCCGCUGAUGGGGUUUUAUGAUGAUUUAAUACUGCGAGUGCAACAGAAUGGUAUUUUACGGUACUGGGAGCUGGGGAGUGUGAUCCGGAACAUGGGACUGGAAAUUCAAAGAAAUUUAGCGAAUGCACGCGUGCACGAUGCUGAUCACGAACCGGUGAAGCUGCUGAUUGCACAUUUUCUUGGUGUAUUUUUUAUUCUGUUUGUGGGGUUAACGCUUGCCACUUUGAUUUUCAUCGGUGAACACGUAGUUUAUCGCUCCAAAAAAGGACGUGAUAGUAAAAUGGAUAUCUAA